AUGUCAUUUUUUGUUGAAUUAUGGGAAUCUGUUUUUACGCCAGGUACUACUCCUGCAUUGAUUACAGCCACACAUGCCUCGUUCAUAUUGUUAAUAAUAUCCUUAUUGGUAUUAAUAUUCCUUACAAAAUCAAUACAUUUUAUUAAUUUAUUAGUCAUAGCGGUGUUAUUGUAUGCGUCAGUAUUUUGGUUCAUUAAUGAAUUGCAGCAAGUGAAGUUACAAAGCAAUAACGAACUCUCCCAAAAAGAACUUGAAAAGGAAAGUGAAUCGGAGAAAUUGUCUGCUAAUGCUACUGAAUCCUCCCAAACCACUGCAACCUCAGAAGAUAUCAAACUUAGAAAGAGAAAGGUAUAA